AUGUUUUCAUUUUACAAUUCCCCAACUCUUUUUGAUACUUUACCAAUAUUUCAACAACUCUCUAACCAGCCCGAAUCAUAUGACAAUCUCACUUAUUAUCCAUCGGAUAUCAAGAGAAGGAGAACGAAUAAUAAUAUCAUUUCAAGCGGAACACAACACCAUGCAAAGAAAACAUCUCUAAGUUAUUCCUUGAAUCAAAAGGAUGAUGAAAGUACUAUGGUUUUAUCCUUAAUGAAACGUAUACCGAAACAUAUCUUCACAAAUUCUAUCAAUGAAAAAAUUAAAGAUUUGAAAGAACAGAAUUAUAAUCCAACUUAUAACAUCAUUGAAGAUUCAUUUGGUAAUCAAUAUUAUAUGGAAGUAGGAAUUACUCCUAAAGAAGACGAGCUUCUUACGAAAAGAAUUAUGAAUAAAUUGGAUAUCUCCGCGAUGGAGAAGCAAAUCGUUAAAGAUUCAUUCAAAGAUUAUCAAUUAGAGUUGAAUCAUAGAGGUGAUGAACUUAGAAUUCAAAGCUGUAAGGAUCAAAUAGCACAGGAUUUGGACCUUCCUCAUGAAUUUGAUGAUUUCAAUAUUUUAGAAUUUAAAAUAGAUAAUGAUAACGAGAAUGAUUCAUAUGAUCUCGCAAUUUUAAAAAUUGGAUUGACUCUUGAUGGAAACAAGAAAACUUCUCGCCCUCAACAUCAUCGUCAUCGUCAUCAUCACUCCCAUCAUAGCACGCAUAAAAAAUCAAGACAUUCAUCAUAUCACAAAUCAAGUAAUAGUAACGAUGAUUCUGGUAGUUUCCCCCAACAUCUAAAGGAAGCGAAGAAUGAAAAGAAAAAUAUUGUGAUUCAUUCCCCAAUUUUGGAAGAAAUAGACGAUGAAGAAGUCGCCAAAUACAAUGAUUCUUUAUUAUGGAUACCCAGUGGUAAUGCCAUUGUCGAAGAGGCCAUAUAA